GCAGCUGCGCAUGCACGAUGCAGCCAUCGAUGAAUUAUUAAAAAGAAGAAAAGAUUUGCAAAAGUCGAUUGCAGAAUGGCAUUUUUGAAUGUGCAACAAAGUGCAUUGCAAAAUACAUUAUGAGAGUAUCAUCGAUCGAUGUAACGAAAAAACUACCAAUGGGAUUUCGAUCGCGAGCGUUCGCUAUUUUUCGACGUCAUUCGUUGCGUAUGAAUCAUCUGGAUAGUAAACAAAGGGAGAGAGAAAGUUUAUUCGAUGUACUGUCAAGAAUUGUCAAGGCGCGACGCAGGUCGGAAAGUUUUGUUUAUUGUAAGAUACGAUCACAAGAUACGACGAUGACGCCAGAAAAGGACGACGCCUGCGAUUUGAGCGACGUUAUCUUGCAGGAAAACUCAGAUACCGAAACGCAGUGCAUACAUAAAUUAAACAAGAAACCAAAAAGGGUACUACAAUUUUCGGAUGGUAUAAUGGAGGAAUAUUCGUCGGAAGAUGAAGUUGACAUACCAGAAAGUAGUAAAACCAUGUCACAGAUAAAUACUAAAAAUAUGAAUUGGUUACCAUGGGCAUGGCAUCAAACCACAUGGAUUAGUUCAAAAAUGUUAAAUGGUUGCGAUUAUGUCGGCGAAUGUCUGGCCAACUUCUUUGGCAUAACAGCACCCAAAUAUCAAUUUGAGAUCAAUGAAUUUUAUAGAUUACAAGCACUUGAAAGAGAAAUUUUUAAUAAGCAGGACUUAGAGAUGGGUGGAUGGAACGAUAAAAAGAGAAAUAAUCUUAGAAGUAAUGAUAUUAUAUUGUCAAAUGAACAUAAUUAAUGAUGUUGUGUAUAGAUUUUAUAUCAAAAAAAUUAUUUUGUUAAGGACUUAAAAUAAAAUAUGUAUCAUAAAUUCCCUGUUUAGAAGCAUCAAAAUAUUGUUGUACAAUCUUUAUUAUUAAAGAAAGAAAAAAAGAGAUGGAAAAAAUAUGGAAUUUGUUGCUCCAUAUAUUCAAGAUUUACUAGCAAAUUUGCAAAUGGAAAUAACAUGCUUGAAUAAAUUUACCUGCCAUCUUUUUAUACAAUAUUGAAGCAAUUUUUAAUUAAUGUAAAGUAACAGUUAUACGAAAAAA